GGGAGAUCCCAUUGUUUUUGUAGUCGGGAAGGUUGAGCCCAAGAAACGCGUUCUGGUAAUGUCAUGACCUCACGCAAAACCAAGUUUCGGGUCACAUCUCCAUUCUAGCGCUUACCUGCGAAUACACAAGAUGCAAGCAGCACCUCUCCCACCACAUAUUUCACCUGUUCCUUCGACGCCCGGCGCACACUACACCCUCGUUGGAAGUCAUGUAUCCCUCUUCACAGCAAAACUUCGCUCCUACCUUAUCCACAAAGGGCUGCCCUUUCAAGAGGUGCUCCCCACAGCCAAGGUAUACGCUCAAGUCAUACUCCCUCGUACUGGCAUAGCGAUGAUACCCGUGCUGGUAUCGCCCGACGGUAGACAUGUGUGGGGCGAUACAAAAUGCAUCACAGAUCUUUUGGAAGAAAAUUGCGGCGGAAUGUGGAUGCGUCCUCCUGUAGAUCAGCCCAAGCAACGUUUCGUGACAGAUAUGUUGGAGCUUUGGGCGGAUGAGUGGGCGGUCAUGUGUGCCAUGCACUAUCGCUGGAGCUUCCCCGAACAAAGAAAGUUCAUCGAGUGGGAGUUUGGGAGAACUUCCGGGCUUCGGGGGACUGAGGAAGAAAUAUGUGACGUUGGGCGGAAGUUGUCAGGUCGCUUCUCGGGAUUGUUACCCAUUCUGGGCGUAACACCUACGACAAUUCCGACGAUUGAGAGACAGUUUCAACGGCUUGUUCGCAACCUCAAGGCACAUAUUGGAAAGCAUGACUACCUCUUGGGAGGGAGGGCGACAUUGGCUGAUUGUGCACUGGCCGGACCCUUAUAUGCGCAUCUGCUCCGAGAUCCGAUACCAGGAACGAUCAUAAAAACAACAGCCCCGUCCGUCGCUGACUACAUUGAAAGGGCUGCGGGCUUUCUACCAUCGCGUGGCCAUCCUGCCCGCCCUCUUGAUGUAAUUGAGCAUUCGGAGAGGCACGAGCCUAUACAAUUCAAGAAUGCCCCCGCGAAGCACAUUGUGCUUCCAAACGACGCUAUCCCAACAUCUCUAUUUCCCUUGCUACUGCCCAUUUUCCGUGACACUAUACCUUAUGUGAUAACUGCGGCGAACGCCUUGCAUGAAUGGAUUGCACGUCAUCCAGAUGCGAAGGAAGUGCCCCGCUCGGUGGGGACGGUUGAGUUCAAAUUGUGGGAUGAAGAGCUUGGUUGGGUUGUGGGUCGCCGGCAGAGCUUCACUCAUACAGUGUGGAUGGCGAAGCGAUUAGUAAAUACAUUCAAUUCGCUGAACCAGGAGGGGAAGAACGAUGUUCGAGAAUUUUUGAGGGACUUGGAGCAGUUUACAUCUGGAGGGGAGAAAGUGAAAGCGUUGGAUUGUUUCGAGCAUCUGCGAGAAGCCGUGGAACGAUGUGACAUAACUGCAAAGGGAGCGCUGGUGAUAAUGAAGGGUGUGUCUGGUGGGACACCGCGCUUGUAACGCACAGCGUUGAUUGUUCGUUACAAGAAGGUUAUGUUUCAGCGAUUAUGGAAUCUUGCCAUUAUGAAUCUUUCUAGACAGAGCACCAUAGCAUAGAUGUUAAGUUCAUCAGACCAUGCAGCGGCAGCCCAGAUAUCCGAUUCGGAUGGUACAGAAAUAGAAUAAAAAAUUGAAAAUGUAGUCCGAAUGACUACAAUAA